AUGUUUCCGACAUCAACCCAGUCAGCCAACGAUGACCGAGCCAUCGUGCUCAAGAUGGACAAACUCGACCGCCAGAGCUCCAUCGAGACAUCGGCACCUCCGCAUGCACCUGAGCAACCCGACAUGACGCGCUUCUCACUCUCUGGCGCCGGCCACAUUUCCCUUGACGAUGUUGAAGCAGUCGACGUCCAAAUUCGUGAUUUGGCUGUCACCGUCGACACCUCGCCUUCGUGGUGGGACCCUGCAACCUACCCCGAGCUGGUAAAGUCGAAAUUCAACCUUAAUCCAAGCUCCAAAAGUUUGAUUUAUCAUGUCAACGCUUCCCUGCAACCGGGCACUCUGACAGCCAUCAUCGGCGGCAGCGGUUCCGGCAAAACCACGCUACUGAAUACACUGUCGGAACGCAUGAUCAGUGCGCGACUCGCCCAAAGUGGCUCCGUCACCUUCAACGGCAACGAGGGCAUUCACAAUGCGCGGCACGCCUACGUCAUGCAGCAGGACAUUCUCCUCCCCUCACUCACUGUGCGCGAGACGCUGCAAUACUCUGCCGACUUGAGGUUGCCGCCUCCCACGACGGCCGAGGAACGAGCUCGCAUCGUGGAGGAGGUUAUUCUGGAACUUGGUCUCAAGGAGUGCUCCAACACGAGGAUAGGAGAUAGACAGCACCGGGGGUGCUCAGGAGGCGAAAAACGAAGAGUCAGCAUCGGUGUCCAAUUGCUAGCCAACCCAUCGGUCCUGUUCCUCGAUGAGCCGACGACAGGUCUAGAUGCAACGAGUGCCUUUCAGCUGAUGCGCACGCUAAAGAAGCUUGCCACCAAGGGUCGAAACGUCAUAACGACAAUCCAUCAACCCCGGUCAGAGAUUUGGGAUCUCUUCGACAACCUCAUCAUCCUCACAAAGGGAAGUCCAGUGUACUCGGGUCCUGCGAAGGACUGCGUUCCAUUCUUCGAGGGUCUGGGCUUUAAGCUGCCCCCUUUCGUGAACCCCGCCGAGUUUGUGAUCGACGUCGCCGCUGUAGACACCCGCACGCCCGAGCUUGAACAGGAGACAGCGGAACGGGUUAGCCAUCUUAAGCAGGCAUGGAUACGUGAAAGCAAAACAACAUUUGCGCCAACAGGCGAGGCAGUUGAGACUACAUCAAUAGGCUCAGGGGCCAGAUCCAAGACCAGCAAGAACGCAUCGUAUGCAAGACAGCUCAAAGUCCUGACCAAGAGGACGUUCAAGGUGACAUACCGCGACCCAAUGGGGAUGCUGGCAUCAUCCACGGAAGCGAUUCUCAUGGCGCUCGUGACGGGCUACAUCUUUUAUAACCUACCCCGAAAUCUCUCGGGUAUCCGCUCACGCCAAGGCGCGCUCUACACUGCUGCAGGCCUACAGGGAUACCUGACUCUCAUGUUUGAGGUCUACCGCCUCACGGUCGACAUCCCAACCUACGAUCGCGAGCAUAGCGAAUCGUGCGUCGAUGCGAUUCCGUUCCUCUUCUCUCGCCGCCUGGCUCGUCUGUUUACCGAAGAUUUGCCCGUUCCGUUCCUGUUUUCCAUCAUUUUCUACUUCAUGGGCGGCUUUGACCGAGACGCCAGCCAGUUCUUCGUCUUCUUCGCCAUCACCGUGCUGAACCACUACAUCGCCGUCACAUGCGCGAUUACAUGUGUCACCGCGUCGAGAAACUUUCCAGGUGCGAGUCUGAUCGCCAACAUGGUGUUUACCCUGCAGAGCAUGGCUUGCGGCAUGUUCAUCCAAGCGAACUCGAUCCCGGUAUAUGUGCGGUGGCUGAAAUGGAUCACGUACUCGUUUUAUGCUUUUGGCGCCUAUUGUGGCAAUGAGUUUGAAGGUUCCUUUUACGAUUGCCCGCUGGAUGGCGGGGCUGCAAAUCCAGAAUGCGUGCAGUACACGGGCCGGUUCAUCAUGGACUCUCUCGGGUUUCCGCGCAACUGGGUAUGGAGGCCCAUCGUCGUGCUGGUCGCAUUCGUCAUCUUCUUUUGCAUCGUAUCGGCCGUCGGACUCCAGUACAUUAAGCAAGAAAUGACCAUUGCUCGUGCGAGAGUCUCCAACACUGAUUUAUCGGCUGGCAAGGAGAAGAUGAAGACCCAUUCCAUCUCUGAGGUUCGCACCAUUGACGUAGGACUGGAUGACUUUGCUCUCGCUUUGGACAAGAGAGCGGCUUCGGGCAAAAAGCUCCCAACCAAGACGAUCCUCAAUCCCGUCAACACGACAUUCCAAGCAGGGAAGCUGAACGUCAUCAUGGGCCCCUCGGGGAGCGGCAAGACGUCUCUUCUCAAUGCCAUGUCUUUGCGACUUCCCAGCAGCCUCAGCACUCGCUAUCGGCUAUCGGGCAAACUCACCUUCAACAACGCGUUGCCGUCUAAUUCGGUCAUCCGCUCAGUAUGUUCGUACGUAUGCCAGGACGACGACGCCCUCCUUCCGUCUCUCACGGUGCGAGAAACGCUCCGAUUCUCGGCCGGGCUACGCCUACCAUCCCACAUGAGCAGCGACGAGAAAUCCAAGCGCGCAGAGGAAGUCUUGUUGAAGAUGGGCCUCAAGGACUGCGCGGACAACCUAGUCGGCAACGAGCUUGUCAAGGGCAUCUCGGGAGGCGAAAAGCGGCGCGUCACCAUCGCCGUGCAGCUUCUCAGCGACCCGCUCGUGCUGCUGCUGGACGAGCCGACGAGCGGGCUGGACGCCUUCACCGCCAACUCCAUCAUGGAGGUGCUGCAGGGUCUCGCCAACGAGGGCCGGACGCUGAUCCUGACGAUUCACCAGGCGCGGUCCGACUUGUUCAAGCACUUUGGAAACGUCUUGCUGCUUGCUCGGGGAGGGUCUCCCGCGUACGCCGGGUCAGCGCGGGAGAUGCUGGCCUACUUUGAGCGCCAGGGAUUCAGCUGUCCGGCGCACACCAACCCGGCCGACUUUGCGCUCGACCUCGUCACGAUCAAUCUGCAGCAGGAGACCAGGGAGGCCGAGAGCAGGGAAAAGGUGGAGGCUUUGGUCGGCGCAUGGCAGAGACAUGUCAGGAUGCCUGCAGUCAAUAGGACGGGCGAGUUGCCCGGCAUUGACGAGGACCACGAUACGAUCACCUACUCCUCACCUCGGCAGCCCAACGUUCGAACUUCUCGCAAAUCCUUGACCUUUGACAAGGCGAGCCUCGCAACCCCAGCCGAGCUGGGUGCCCUCGUCCGCAAACGCGCCUCCUUCUUCGUAGCCUUCCCCCUUCUCGUCCACCGCGGCCUCAUCAACUUUCGCCGCCAGCCGCCGCUCCUCCUGGCGCGCAUCAUGCAGGUGGUCGGCCUCGGGAUCGUCCUCGCGCUCUUCUUCUCGCCGCUCAAGAACGACUACUACUCAGUGCAGAACCGCAUGGGUUUCGUGCAGGAGAUUGGCGCCUUUUACUUUGUGGGCAUGCUGCAAAACGUGGCCGUCUACCCCGCCGAGCGCGACGUGUUUUACCGAGAGGACGACGACGGCGUGUACAGCGUCGAGGCGUUCCUGGCGGCGUACUCGGUGCUCGAGUUCCCGUUUGAGAUUAUCAGCUGUCUCAUCUUUGGCGUGCUCGCGGACCUGGCGGUGGGCUUCCCGCGGACGGCGACAAUGUACUUUGUGUGCGUCUUCUCGUGCUUCGGCAUCGUCUCGUGCGGCGAGUCGGUGGGCAUCAUGUUCAACACGCUCUUCAACCACACGGGGUUCGCCGUGAACCUCACGUCCGUGAUCCUGUCGGUGGCCAACACGAUGGCGGGGGUUCUCUCGAUCGACAUGCCGCAGCUGUUCAAGAUCUUUAAUUACCUGUCUCCCAUCCGAUACGGGACGCGCGCUCUGGCGCCGUACAGUCUGAGGUCGGUGACGUUCACGUGCGAUGAUGGGCAGAGGCUGCCGGAUGGACGGUGUCCGGUGGAGACGGGCGAGGAUGUGCUCAACUUGUACAAGUUCAACGUGGAUCCGAAUGCCAACAUUGCGGCACUGGCUGGGUGUGUGAUUGUGUAUCGGCUGGUUGCGUGGGCCCUCUUGAGAGCUGCGCGGACGCGGAUGGAUGGGCGGAAGGGCAAGUGA